AACAAAUCAUUAAAUCUCCCUUCCACCUCUAUUCUCUUGCUUCUGUGUCUCUUCCUAUGGCUGCUCUCCCUACUUUCUCUCUUCAUACAUAAAUCUCUCUCUCUAUAUCUAUAUAUACAUGUCCUCUUCUUCACUUCACUUCACCCACUCAGAUCAUCACCUUUCAGCUUCACACAGAAUACAAGUUUUUCUCCGAUUUUGAAACCCCAUUUCUGCUUAAAGCUCUUCUCUUAUUCUUUCCCUGAAAGCUAACUUCUGUAGUAAAUGCGUCUGUGCGGGGGAGGUUUUAUGUAUUUUGCAUCACUAGAUUAGUUCAUAGUCCAUGGUUCUAUUUAUAGCUUCGCAUUUGAAUUUUUGAGUGCUAGUUAGUGUAGUGAGGACUAAAAGCUAGCGAUGUUGGAUCUCAAUUUGAGGGCAGUCUACGAUGAGAGCAGCUUCGAGAAGCGUCUGGAAGGUUCCGGGCCUGAUGAAUCGGCGACCUCCGACUCGUCGAUGCUGAAUGGCGAGGCUUCCAGCAAUGCCGGCGACGAAGACACGUGCUCCACGCGCGCCGGAUACGGCGCUGCCUUCGAUUUCAACAUCCUCCAGGCGGGGAGCAGAAACAGCUACGGCCGCGCUGGGUAUGAGAACCGUCAGGCGGCGCAGCCGGAGUACGUCACUCGGCAGCUGUUCCCGGCGGGUGAGAGCGCGGGUCAAACAUCCGGGAGGUUUGACUGGGAGGUAGAUCCCUCGUUCCAUCAGGCGGGGAUGCUAAUGGAAGAGCGGAGACAACAGGCUCCGCCGCCGCCGCCGGCGGCUCAGCGGCAACAGAAAGUGAAGAAGAGCAGGAGAGGGCCGAGGUCUCGGAGCUCACAGUACAGAGGAGUGACUUUUUACAGAAGAACUGGUAGAUGGGAAUCGCAUAUCUGGGACUGUGGGAAACAAGUAUAUUUGGGCGGAUUUGACACUUCCGAUGCAGCUGCUAGAGCAUAUGAUAGAGCUGCUAUCAAGUUCCGUGGGGUUGAAGCUGACAUAAACUUCAAUUUAAAUGACUAUGAGGAGGAUAUGAAACAGAUGGAGAACCUCAGUAAGGAAGAAUUGGUACACAUGCUGCGACGGCAGAGUACUGGGUUCUCCCGGGGAAGCUCCAAAUACAGAGGUGUCACACUGCAUAAAUGUGGGCGAUGGGAAGCUCGGAUGGGGCAGUUCCUAGGAAAGAAUGAAGUUGAAGCUGCAAGGGCUUAUGAUAAGGCAGCUAUUGAAUGUAAUGGAAGGGAGGCUGUUACUAACUUUGAGCCCAGUAUGUAUGAUGGAGGAACCACCAUAGACUCUCAUAAUGAAGGUAGCCAACAUGAUCUUGAUCUGAACUUGGGGGUUAAAAGCUAUCCUCCUGAUCAAAUUGUGAGUAUGGGGGAGUUUCUGGUACCAUAUUAUGCUUCUUGAUUUGAUGAAUAGUUUUGGUCAAACAACAUUCGGUAGUUCACAUCCAAACCUACCUCAAAUGACAUCAGAGCAACCUCAAUUGUUGAACGGAUUCUACUCUCAGUUCUACCCUAAUUACGAGCAAACAGCAAAUGCUCAAAGAAUGUCUAUAGGCUCUUCAUCGCAAGGAUCCCAAAUAUGGAUGCGUGAAAUGCGCUAUCAGGCCGAAGCGACUCCAUGGGCAAUGUUGCCCACUACUACUGCCACAAUUGCAGCAUCAUCAGGAUUCUCAUCUCCGGCUAACCUUGAUUCAACAUCAUCCACAUCCAUGAAUCUCAACUUUGGGCCUUCUUACUCCACUCCAUCAAACAAUGCUUCUCACUACUAUUACCAUUUCAGGCCGCCACUCUAAUCCAACCUACAUAAAUUAGUUUCUUUCAUUAUCUUCAUUCAUUGGUAUAAUUUAAAGUGUUGGUUGAACACAAACUAAAUCUGGGUAGGAUUCUUUGUCCACUCCAAGAUGUCAAAUGAUGUUUCAGUUUUGAUACUAGAUCCCCAGUCCAUAAAGUUCACAUAUGUUGAAAAUACAUUUAUCUUUUGUGUGGUAACAUUAUUUAUUACCUUCAUCCAUGAAGGUGAUGAGCCAGUUUAGUAUAUUUCUUAGAUUUUAUAAUAGCGUCAGCACAUGACAUAAGAUUUUGUUUCCAUGCAUGUUCAUGAUUAUAUUCAAUUUUACACUUCAGGAUCAUGGUGUUACUGCCU